AUGAAUAGAGAUUUCGUCAACGUCUUUAACGGAGAGAACAAGACUGCCGCCAAGGUCAAGUUCCCAGCCGUAUUGGGUACCCCAAUUCGUCCAGAUCUCGUUAACUUUGUUCAUACGAACGUUAACAAGAAUCACCGUCAAGCCUACGGUGUCUACAAAUACGCCGGUGAACAAACCUCUGCCGAAUCAUGGGGUACCGGUCGUGCCGUCGCACGUAUUCCACGUGUUGGUGGUUCAGGUACUCACCGUUCAGGUCAAGGUGCCUUUGGAAACAUGUGUAGAGGCGGUCGUAUGUUUGGCCCAAACAAGGUCUGGAGAAAGUGGAAUCGUCGUGUCAACGUCAACCAAAAGAGAUACGCCGUCUGCUCUGCUCUCGCCGCCUCUGCCAUCCCAGCCCUCGUCAUGGCUCGUGGUCAUCGUGUCAACCAAAUCUCUGAAGUCCCACUCGUCAUUGCCAACGAAGUCCUCGCCAACCUCACCAAGACUUCUGCCGCCACCGCCCUCCUCAAGAAGAUCAACGCCUAUGCCGACGUAGAGCGUGUCAUUGCCUCCAAGUCUGUCCGUGCCGGUCAAGGUAAGCUUAGAAACAGACGUUUCCAAUCUCGUCGUGGUCCACUCCUCGUCCUCGCCGGUCCAUCCAAGUGUGUCCGUGCCUUCCGUAACAUCCCAGGUGUCGACAUUGCCUUCGUCUCCUCCCUCAACAUCCUCCGUCUCGCACCAGGUGGUCAUUUGGGUCGUUUCGUCAUCUGGUCUCAAGAUGCCUUCGAACAACUCGACAAGAUCUUUGGUACCAAGACCACCCCAUCUGCCAAGAAGGGUUUCCGUCUCCCACGUCCAGUCAUGCUCAACCCAGAUGUCUCCCGUAUCGUUACCUCUGACGAAAUCCAAACUGCCGUCCGUGAAUCUCAACACCGUGGUGGUGCUUCCCAAAUCAAGUCGUACAAGCGUCUUAACCCACUCCGUAACGUCAAGGCUAUGCUCAAGCUCAACCCACACGCUCGUCUUGCCCGUAUCUCCAACGCCACCAAGAAGGCUACCCACAAGAAGGGUGCCAACACCAAGGCCGUCAAGACCCAACGUAAGGCUUGGGUUAAGUCUCUCCUUGCCUAA